UGCUGCAUUUGGAAAUAUUCUAUGUGCCCUCAUGUCUGUCACUGUAGGAAGAGGAUGAAUAUUUUCACGCAUGGAACAGUUGGAUUCUGUCAUUAUAACGCAGCUGUCGUUUUUUGUGAAUGAUUACUGAUGAUUUCGGGUUUAACCAUGGAACAAAGAAGAUGCGAGCCAGGAAGGGCGAGAGGACGUUUGUUCGGCUGUGUGGUUGCUGUGAUUUUGUUGCGCGUGGCUUCGGCGCAACUAAGAUAUUCCAUCUCUGAGGAAGUUAAUGAAGGAACUGUGGUUGCAAAUAUCGCAAAAGAUCUGGGAUUAGAUAAAAGCACACUGAAAGACAGGAAGUAUCGGAUUGUUUCUAGUAACUCGGAUCCCCUUUUCCAUGUAAAUCAAAACGAUGGCAUCCUGUAUGUGAGUCGAAAGAUUGACAGAGAAGAGGUGUGCGCGCAGAGCAGUACGUGUUUAAUAAAUCUGAAAACCGUGCUAGAAAACCCGCUGGAGGUACACUACGUUGAAGUAGGGGUUCUGGAUAUAAAUGACCAUUCUCCCAGUUUCCCAGAUAAAGAAAAACGAUUGGAGAUUUCGGAGUCUGUGUUGCCCGGAGCAAGAUUUCAGCUAAAACCUUCACGGGAUCCAGACAGUGGUCAUUUCUCAGUGCAGCAAUAUAAACUCAGCCACAACGAAUACUUUCGUUUGGAGGUUAAGGAUAAAGGGGACGAUGGUAAAAUACCAAUAUUGGUUGUUCAAAAAUCUUUAGAUAGGGAAUCUGCAAGCAGCCACUCAUUAGUGCUGACAGCAUUGGAUGGUGGAAAACCUCCGAAAUCCGGCGAAAUGAAUAUUUUAGUAAAUGUUUUAGAUGUUAAUGAUAAUGCGCCUGAUUUCUUUAAAGAUGUUUAUUCUGUGAUGCUCAAUGAAAAUGUCCCAGUUGGUACAGCAGUUGUACAAGUGAAUGCAACUGAUUUAGAUGAAGGUCCAAACGGAGAAGUAGUUUACUCAUUUAGCAACAGUAUGAAUCAAAAUGUAUUGAAUCUAUUUGAUAUAAAUCCAGCAACAGGUGAGAUAAUUGUCAAAGGUCCAAUAGAUUAUGAGCAAAAGGACAAGUACGAAAUUGAAAUUGAGGCAUCCGAUAAAGGUCUCGCUCCGCUAACUAGCGAAAAAAGCGUCAUUAUCAAGAUAGUUGAUGUUAAUGAUAACGCACCUGAGAUUGAAGUUACCUCAUUUUCAAGCUCCAUCCCUGAAGAUUCCAGACCAGGAACUACAGUUGCCCUUAUCAGUGUAAAUGAUUUGGACUCUGGUCUGAAUGGAAAAGUUAUUUGCUCCAUAGAUGAGGAUGUUCCGUUCACUUUAUCACCAUCCUUACAGGACAAAAUGUAUUCUCUAGUUACCAAAUCCCCUCUGGACAGAGAGAAACAGUCACACUAUGACCUGACAAUUACUGCAAAAGACGCUGGUCAUCCUCCAUUAUCAUCUGAGAAAACAAUUAGCGUUGUGGUGUCAGAUGUGAAUGACAACAGUCCAGAGUUUUCACUGAGUCCCUAUACUUUCUAUGUCACUGAGGGUAACAAUCCAGGAGCCUCAGUGUUUUCUGUUAACGCGUCUGAUCGUGAUGAGAACGACAACGCUCUCAUUUCAUAUCAUAUUGUCAGAGACAGAAGCGAAGAAAACAAAGUGGCUUCAUUUCUCAACAUAAACUCUGAAAACGGAGACAUUUUGGCGCUAAAAAGUUUCGACUUUGAAACUCUGAAAACGUUCCAGUUCCAAGUUGUUGCCUCCGAUUCUGGAACUCCGUCACUGAGCAGCAACGUCACAGUGAACGUGUUCAUUCUGGAUCAGAACGACAACGCUCCAGUCAUCCUGUAUCCAGUCAGCUCUAACGGUUCUGCAGGUGUGGAGGAGAUUCCCCGCAAUGUGAACGCAGGACACUUGGUGACUAAAGUCAGAGCCUAUGACGCUGAUAUAGGAUAUAACGGCUGGUUACUCUUUUCACUGCAGCAAGUCACUGACCACAGUCUCUUUGGUUUGGACCGCUAUACAGGACAGAUCAGAACACUUCGCUCCUUCACAGAGACAGACGAGGCUGAGCACAAACUGCUCAUACUGGUCAAAGACAAUGGGAACGUGUCGCUCUCAGCAACAGCUACUGUGGUGGUCAAACUUGUGGAGCCCAAAGAGGCUUUUGCAGCUUCUGAUGUUAAAAGUUCAGCCAAAGAUGAGGAGGGGACCGAUGUGACUUUUUAUCUGAUGAUAACUUUGGGCUCAGUUUCUGUACUUUUUCUCAUCAGUAUCAUCGUGCUGAUUGCAAUGCAGUGCUCUAAAACCACAGACUAUACUUCUAAAUAUCUGCAAGAGACUAAUUAUGACGGGACACUGUGCCACAGCAUCCAGUACAGAUCUGGAGAGAAACGGUACAUGUUAGUUGGACCCAGAAUGAGUAUAGGAUCUACUAUAGUCCCGGGCAGCCACGCGAAUACACUAGUGCUCCCCGACAGGAGGAGGGGAUCUGGAGAGAUCAUGGAACAAAGAGGAUGGGAGGUAAGAAGUGCGAGAAGACAGUGGAUCGCUUGCGUGCUUGCUGUUCUUUUGUGGAGAGUCGCAACAGCGCAACUAAGAUAUUCCAUCUCUGAGGAAGUUAACGAAGGAACUGUGGUCGGGAAUAUUGCAAAGGAUUUGGGAUUAGAUAAAAGCACUUUGAAGGACAGGAAGUAUCGGGUUGUUUCUAGUGCUGUGGGACCUCUUUUCCAUGUAGAUCAGAAUGACGGCAUCCUGUAUGUAAGCCAAAAGAUUGACAGGGAAGAGGUGUGCGAGCGAAGCAGUACCUGUUUGAUAAAUCUGAAAACAGUGUUGGAAAAUCCACUGGAGGUUCACUAUGUUGUAGUGGAAGUUCUUGAUAUAAAUGACCACUCUCCCAGCUUCCUAGAGAAAGAGAAAACGUUGGAGAUUUCAGAGUCCGUGUUACCUGGAGUACGCAUUCCGCUAAAGGCAUCACGCGAUCCUGACGGUGGUCCUUUCGCUGUUCAGCAGUAUAAACUCAGCCCUAAUGACCACUUCCGCUUAGAAGUUAAGGAUAAAGGAGAGGAUGGUAAAAUACCUGUAUUAAUUGUUCAAAAAUCUUUGGAUAGGGAGGCAGCAAGAAGCCACUCAUUAGUUCUGACCGCAUUGGAUGGGGGAAAACCUCAGAAAUCUGGCGAUAUGAAUAUUCUAGUAAAUGUUUUGGAUGUGAACGAUAACGCGCCUGUUUUCUCUAAAGAUAUUUACGCUGUGAUGCUCGAUGAGAAUGCUGCAGUAGACACAACAGUCAUACAAGUGAAUGCAACUGACUUAGAUGAAGGACCAAACGGAGAGGUAGUUUAUUCAUUCAGCAACAGUGUUAGUCAUAGAAUUGUAAAGCUUUUCGAUAUCAAACCAUCAACAGGCGAGAUCAUUGUAAAAGGUUUAAUAGACUAUGAGGAGAAAGACAAAUAUGAGAUUGAAAUUCAAGCAGCAGACAAAGGUCUCGCUCCUCUGGCAACACAGAAAAGCGUCAUUAUCAGGAUAGUUGAUGUUAAUGAUAACGCACCUGAGAUUGAAGUUACCUCAUUUUCAAGCUCCAUCCCUGAAGAUUCCAGACCAGGAACUACAGUUGCCCUUAUCAGUGUAAAUGAUUUGGACUCUGGUCUGAAUGGAAAAGUUAUUUGCUCCGUGGGUGAGGAUGUUCCGUUCACUUUAUCACCAUCCUUACAGGACAAAAUGUAUUCUCUAGUCACCAAAUCCCCUCUGGACAGAGAGAAACAGUCACACUAUAUCAUAACAGUAUUUGCAAAAGACGCUGGUCAGCCGUCACUGUCAUCUGAAAAGACAAUAAGCGUUGUGGUGUCAGAUGUGAAUGACAACAGUCCAGAGUUUUCACUGAGUCCCUAUACUUUCUAUGUCACUGAGGGUAACAAUCCAGGAGCCUCAGUGUUUUCUGUUAACGCGUCUGAUCGUGAUGAGAACGACAACGCUCUCAUUUCAUAUCAUAUUGUCAGAGACAGAAGCGAAGAAAACAAAGUGGCUUCAUUUCUCAACAUAAACUCUGAAAACGGAGACAUUUUGGCGCUAAAAAGUUUCGACUUUGAAACUCUGAAAACGUUCCAGUUCCAAGUUGUUGCCUCCGAUUCUGGAACUCCGUCACUGAGCAGCAACGUCACAGUGAACGUGUUCAUUCUGGAUCAGAACGACAACGCUCCAGUCAUCCUGUAUCCAGUCAGCUCUAACGGUUCUGCUGAAGGUGUGGAGGAGAUUCCCCGCAAUGUGAACGCAGGACACUUGGUGACUAAAGUCAGAGCCUAUGACGCUGAUAUAGGAUAUAACGGCUGGUUACUCUUUUCACUGCAGCAAGUCACUGACCACAGUCUCUUUGGUUUGGACCGCUAUACAGGACAGAUCAGAACACUUCGCUCCUUCACAGAGACAGACGAGGCUGAGCACAAACUGCUCAUACUGGUCAAAGACAAUGGGAACGUGUCGCUCUCAGCAACAGCUACUGUGGUGGUCAAACUUGUGGAGCCCAAAGAGGCUUUUGCAGCUUCUGAUGUUAAAAGUUCAGUCAAAGAUGAGGAGGGGACCGAUGUGACUUUUUAUCUGAUGAUAACUUUGGGCUCAGUUUCUGUACUUUUUCUCAUCAGUAUCAUCGUGCUGAUUGCAAUGCAGUGCUCCAAAACCACAGACUAUACUUCUAAAUAUCUGCAAGAGACUAAUUAUGACGGGACACUGUGCCACAGCAUCCAGUACAGAUCUGGAGAGAAACGGUACAUGUUAGUUGGACCCAGAAUGAGUAUAGGAUCUACUAUAGUCCCGGGCAGCCACGCGAACACACUAGUGCUCCCUGAUAGGAGGAGGGGAUCUGGAGAGGUAAGGAUUAUUUUUUGUGAAAACCUUUGCUUGUACCCUUGUAAUUAUCCAAUUAAGAUCAAGUCUGGUAUGUUAUAUGCCCAUUCUAUUGUUUCCCUAAAGCUAUAG